UGCAGUCUCUCGCGUCGAGAGGCCUUUCCAAAGAGCUCCAAAAAAAAUUCAAUUUUCACACGAAGUAAUUAGUCAUUAUACCAUCUAAGUUUUCUCGCCAAAAAAAAAAAAAAAAAACAAAAAAUUUCAAAGGAAAUCAUCAUGGCCAAAGUGUGUCUCGUGGUCGUACUGGCUCUGGCCGCAGUCGUAUCUGGAGCAUUCAAGUGUCCGAAAGACAACGGAGAGUUCGAAGAUCCCGAUCAAUGCGACCUGUACUACAAAUGCGUCGACGGAGUUGCCACCGAAAAGCUCUGCCCAGAUGGUCUGGUCUUCGAUCCGUUCAAUCGGAAGAUCAACAAGUGCGACCACGUCUUCAACGUAGAUUGCGAAGAUCGUCUUGCACUUCAGCCUCCUCAGCCAUCGCCAAACUGCCCGAGACGCAACGGAUUCUUCCCUCAUCCAGACCCUUCGGUUUGCGAUGUGUUUUACAAUUGUAUCGAGGGCGAGGCAACGAAAAAUAUUUGCACAGUCGGACUACACUUCCACCCUGAACAAGGAAUCUGCGUUUGGCCCGACAGCGCCGGUCGCAAGGGUUGCAGAAAAGUAGGUGACAAAUUGGAAGAUGGAUUCGAGUGCCCGAAGGAAGUACAAAUCGAUGAUCGCGACAUGCCCGUCGAUCAUCCGAAAUACGCUCACCCCGACGAUUGCCAGAAGUUUUACAUUUGCUUGAGCGGCGUAACUCCCCGCGUUCAAGGCUGCAGCGAAGGCACCGUCUACAACGAAGAAACACAAAAAUGCGACGAUCCGAAGAACGUCCCCGGGUGCGAGCAUUGGUACAAGGAGGAAGAGCAAAAGAGCUGAAGAGAUCUGUGAACAUUUCCUGUCCCGCAUCGGGAUCUCCAAAACCACCUUAACACGUUCACGAUUACUCUAUUCGAUUAGAACACUAUUUAGGUCUUAAUACAUAUUUUAUAAAUGUCCUUCAAUAAAUGAUGAUUCGUUUUUAAAGAAAAA